UUUUUUGGAAGCUUUUUGCCUUUUUUAAAAGGUUUUUGCUCUUUUUAAAACCUUUUUCCUCUUUUUUUUAAACCUUUCUCCUCUUAUUUUCAACCUUUUCCCUCUUAUUUUUAACCUUUUGCUCUUCUUCUAAACCUUUUCCCUCUUUCCUUAAACCUUUCCCUCUUCUUUUAACCCCUUUCCCCCCUUUUUCCUCUUUUUUUCUAACCUUUCCCCUCUUUUUUAGCCCUUUUUGCUUCUUUUAACCUUUUUUAACCCUUUUGCUUUUUUAACCCUUUUCCUUUAACCCUUCUCCUUUUUUUUUACCUUUCCUUUCUCUUUUAACCUUUCUCCUUUUUCCUUUAACCUUUUUCCCUUUUUUAACCCUUUUCCUUUUUUUUUUUACCUUUCCUUUCUCUUUUAACCUUUCUCAUUUUCCUUUACCCUUUUCCCCCUUUUUCCUUUUUUUUUUUCCCCCCUUUCUCCUUUUUCUUUUAACCUUUUUCCUUUUUUUAUCCCAUCUUUUUUUUUUUUUUUUUUUUUUUGGCGGAUUUCCCCUCCCCUCCCGGCCAGCCCCUCGGACGUGCUCGCUCCCCGGAGGAAAGCACCGCGCCCCGCCGAGCCCCGGGGACCCCGCGGAUGUGCCAAGCUCCCCCCGGACCCCCCCAGCCUCCUGCCUGCUCUCCUGCCGCCCUCACCGCCCCUUUACCCUCCCGCACCUCCAUUUUUCCUUUUUUUUUUUUUUUUUUUUUUUUAAAGCAGCACCGCGGGCGGGGAGGGCUGAGGGGGGGGGGCCCAGCGACGCUGCCAGACCGCCCCUCGCCCAUUUCUCGGAAGGAACUCUCAUGGCUUCACAGCUGCACACAAGUUGCCCUGCAUCUUGGUGGACUAUCGGAGUUUGCAUCCUGGCGGCCGCGCUCUCCCCAGGGCUGCAAGCUCAGACUGUCUUAGUCAAUGACACAGUCUCGGGGUUUAUCGGGACAGACGUGGUCCUGCACUGCAGCUUCACCAACCCGCUCCCCAAUGUGAAGAUCACGCAGGUCACUUGGCAGAAAGCCACCAACGGCACCAAGCAGAAUGUGGCCAUCUACAACCCGGCCAUGGGGGUCUCCAUCCUCUCGCCCUACAAAGAGCGGGUGACUUUCCGCAACCCGUCCUUCAAAGAUGGCACAAUUCAGCUCUCCCGGCUGGAGCUGGAGGAUGAGGGGGUGUACAUCUGCGAGUUCGCCACCUUCCCCACCGGCAACCGGGAAAGUCAGCUGAACCUCACCGUGCUGGCCAAGCCCACGAAUCGGAUGGAGGGCACCACGCGGCCCCUCAUCGCCAAGGCUGGCAGGACAGAGAAGAUCCUGGUAGCCACUUGCACCUCCUCGAACGGGAAGCCCCCCAGCACCGUCACCUGGGACACCAAGCUCAAAGGGGAAGCGGAGUUCCAGGAGAUCCGGAACAGCAACGGCACCAUCACGGUGAUCAGCCGGUACCGCCUGGUGCCGAGCCGGGAAGCCCACCGGCAGCAGCUCAUGUGCGUGGUCAACUACCAGCUGGAGCGCUUCACGGACAGCAUGACCCUCAACGUGCAGUAUGAGCCAGAAGUCACUAUCGAGGGGUUCGAUGGCAACUGGUUUCUCAAUCGGAAGGAUGUAAAGCUGAUCUGCAAGUCUGACGCCAACCCCCCCGCUCACACCUAUGAGUGGAAGCUGCCAAACGGGACGCUGCCCGGGAGCGUGGAAAUCCAGAACAACACCAUCUACUUCAAAGGGCCCGUCUCCUACAGCGUGGCUGGCACCUACAUCUGCGAGGCCUCCAACGCCAUCGGGACCCGGUCGGGCUUGGUGGAAGUCAAUGUCACAGAAUUUCCCUACACCCCGUCUCCAAUCGAUGAUCGCAAAUCCAUGGUGCAGCCGAACAUCCCCACCCCCGUGAUCGGGGGCAUAGUGGGAGGCGUCUCGCUGGUCCUGGUGGUGGCCGUGGUGCUUUUUGUGGUACUCCGGCGCCGGCGUCACACCUUCAAGGGUGACUACAGCACAAAGAAGCACGUGUACGGCAACGGCUACAGCAAGGCCGGCAUCCCGCAGCAUCACCCCCCCAUGGCCCAAAACCUGCAGUACCCCGACGACUCGGACGACGAGAAGAAGCCGGGCCCGCUGGGCGGCAGCACCUACGAAGACGAGGACGAGGACGCGGGAGGCGAGCGCAAGCUGGGCGGCCCCAACAAGUACGAGGAGGACGCCAAGCGGCCUUACUUCACGGUGGACGAGGGCGAGGCGCACCCCGAGCCCUACGACGAAAGGACACUCGGCUUCCAGUACGACCCCGAGCAGCUCGACAUCGCCGAGAACAUGGUGUCGCAGAACGACGGAUCCUUCAUUUCCAAAAAGGAGUGGUACGUGUAGCUCGCCUCCUGGCUCCAGCCACGCGCCCGCACGCAGACACGCGCCCGCCAGCUCCCCCCGCGUCGCCGCCGAGCCCAG